CGGGCGGUAAGUCGACGCUGAACUACAAACGGCACAUCCUGGAUUCAGGAGACGUUCACAGACUUCAGUUAGACAGCAAGGCGAAGAAACAGAAGAUUAACCAUUUAUUUGUAUUAAACGCAACAGUUUGGGAUAAGUGGACAGUGUAAUUAUGGGAGACAGCAUCUGCAACGGGACGCACAGCAAAAAGGCGUUGUUGUCAGACCCUCAGCUGUUUGAAGAGCAGUUUGAGGAGCUGGUGACGGAGCUUGCAGAGAGGGACUUCACCGAUCCUGCGCUGGCUGAUGCUCUGAACAGGCUGAGAGAGGUUUUGGUGUAUAAUUCACCUGGAGGGAAGAGGAACCGAGGCCUGUCUGUGAUUGGCUCACUGAGGGAGCUUCUCCCACCCAAUCAGCUCACACAGGACACGGUGCAGAGGGCUCUGUUGGUUGGCUGGUGCAUUGAAUUGCUCCAGGCAUUUUUCCUCGUGGCAGAUGAUAUCAUGGAUGCGUCUGUGACGAGGAGAGGACAGCCCUGCUGGUAUAAGAAGGAUGGAAUAGGUCUGGACGCCAUCAAUGAUUCAUUUCUCUUAGAAGGGUCUAUCUACAGACUACUUCGCAGACAUUGCAGGGAUCAGCCGUACUACGUCCACCUACUGGAGCUAUUUACUGAGACAUCUUUCCAGACGGAGCUAGGUCAAGCCCUGGACCUCAUGACGGCUCCCCCUGGUCAGAUUGACCUCAACAGAUUCACCAUGGAGAGGUAUAAAGCUAUUGUGAAAUACAAGACCGCCUUUUACUCUUUCUACCUCCCAGUGGCUGCUGCAAUGUACAUUGCAGGAAUUACAAGUGAAGAGGAACACAACAAUGCCAAACACAUCCUGCUCGAGAUGGGAGAGUUCUUUCAGAUACAGGAUGACUACUUGGACUGUUACGGAGACCCUGCUGUGACAGGAAAGAUUGGUACAGACAUCCAGGAUAACAAGUGCAGCUGGCUGGUGGUGACAGCCCUGCAAAUCAUGACUCCCGAACAGAGAGCCGAGCUGGAGGCGUGUUACGGGCGCCACGAUGAUGCCAGCGUGGAAAAGGUCAAAGCACUGUACAAAGCCCUGCAAAUGCCAACACUGUACCACAGAUAUGAAGACGAGAGCUACCAGCGGCUACAGAAACUCAUCGCUAGCCACGCUCAAAACCUUCCUCACUCAGUCUUUCUCAACUUUGCUGGGAAAAUCUACAAGAGGAACAAGUGACAGGGAACAGUGGUCAGAAGCGGCGCCUCGUUCCCUUUUUGACUUUUAUGACGCACAGAUUAAUUACCUCUCCCUUUUUCAAAGAGGGUUUGCCAGGGACAAGGCUCUGACUGAGCAGCAUGACACUAAGAGGGCUGUGAUGUUUAGAAAUCGUUCAAGCAGUUUAUGAACUUUGCAAAGAGUUGUAGAUAUUUGGUUGUGAACGUCAUCAAACAGCCUGUCUCUUUUGUUCCAUGUUAUCUAUUUAUUGAACCCAGCGCAUAACGUGCAGCGUCUCCACUGAAGAAUCUCGUGGAUGUAAGAAUGACAAAAUAUUCAGGUUGUCAUUUGUUCUGAAGAAUGCAUGGCUGGAUGACGAUACAGACCAAAUCAGACAGUUGAAACGUUUUUUUUUAUUUUGUUGGAAUAGUUUUUAUUAAUUCAUUAUUAAAGGGACAGUGACAUAUAACGGUAGAUGUUUUCCGUCUGAUCAGCUGUCUAAUUCCAUAUAUUUUUAUAUUGUAGCUACAAAGUCUGUACUGGCCUGAAUGUUGUUGCUUUUAAUAAAUAAUAUAUGACCAGUA